UCUUUGAACAUGAUGACAUCUUCACACUUUGUCUUCUAUCUGACAUGUUUGUUCUUCGGAGACAUGGCUCAGAUGACGAAUCUGAAAUUCUCCUCGUCUGUUCAUCAAGAGGCUGGUUUUGUAUCAGCUUAUGUUGGUGACAGCGUAACUUUGCGAUGUUUCUAUGAAGGUGAUCUUGCAGCAAGGUUUUACUGGUACAAACAAACCCUGCGAGAGAAACCAAGGCUCAUCUCUACUUACUACAAGUACGAAAAAAAUGGAACUUUUCACAGUGAAUUCAACAAUCUACGCUUCACACUUGAUACUGAAAUAGGUAGAAAUCACUUGAGCAUGACAAAUCUGCAGAUUUCAGACACUGCGACUUACUACUGCGCAAGUAGCUUUUCAUACACCUUAGAAUUCACGGCGGGCAUUACUGUCAGUGUGAAGGGUUCAGGUUUAAACAUCCCAGCUUUGGUCCAUCAGUCAGCAUCUGAGACCAUCCAGCCAGGAGGCUCUGUGACUCUGAACUGUACAGUACACACUGGGACCUGUAAUGGAGAACACAGUGUUUACUGGUUCAAAGACUCUGAAGAAUCUCAUCCAGGACUCAUUUACACCCAUGGAGGCAGGAAUGAUCAGUGUGAGAGGAAACCCAACACACAAACACACACCUGUGUCUACAACUUGCCGAUGAAGAGCCUGAAUCUUUCUCAUGCUGGGACCUACUACUGUGCUGUUGCCUCAUGUGGACACAUACUGUUUGGAAACGGGACCAAGCUGGACUUUGAAGAUGAGGUGGACUCUCUGGUCUUGGUGUGUUUGAGUGGUGCUUUGGCAUUUACCACCAUCCUGAGUGUUUUACUGGCUGUCUUAUUGUGCGUGACCAACAAGAGAAACAAGUGCAAAUGUACAGAUUCUCAUGUGAGAUUUUCAGCUCCUUCCACAACAAAUGCAGAGGGUGACCAAAAUGAGGAAAAUAUCCAUUACGCAGCUUUAAGGGAACACAAGAGCAACAGACCGAGACGGCAAAGGAACAACGACAAUACUGAAUGUGUGUACUCAAGUGUGAAGCAUUAGAAUUGUUCAUGUUUUAUAUUUGUUUCUGUGUAACAAGACCAAUA